GGGAAAUGAAGACUUCCGGCGGCGGAUCCGUUGCUGGCGGCCGAGCCAGCGCCACAGUGAUUCCAUUCCCCUUCACAGCAUCCUAGGAUGUCACAGCUUGGAUCCCGGGGCCGCCUGUGGCUGCAGAGCCCCACCGGCGGGCCACCUCCUAUAUUCCUGCCCUCGGAUGGCCAAGCCCUGGUCCUCGGUCGGGGACCCCUGACCCAAGUGACAGACCGGAAGUGCUCCCGAAACCAAGUGGAGCUGAUUGCAGACCCUGAAACCCGGACAGUGGCAGUGAAACAGCUGGGUGUUAACCCAUCAACUGUUGGGGUCCAAGAGUUGAAGCCAGGGCUGUCUGGCUGUCUAAGCUUGGGGGAUGUCCUUUAUCUGGUUAAUGGCCUAUACCCCCUGACCCUGCAUUGGGAAGAGACCAGCAGACCAGGAACCCAGCCAGACACGCCACCAGGCACUCCUGUGGAUCCAGAGGAGGGGGAGGAUACUGAACCUCAGAAAAAGCGAGUGCGGAAAUCUUCCCCUGGCUGGGAGAGCUUAAAGAAGUUACUGGUGUUCACAGCAUCUGGAGUGAAGCCCCAGGGCAAGGUGGCUGCCUUUGACCUAGAUGGGACCCUCAUCACCACCCGCUCUGGAAAGGUCUUUCCCACUAGCCCUAGUGACUGGAGGAUUCUAUACCCAGAGAUUCCAAAGAAGCUCCAGGAGCUGGAUGCUGAGGGCUACAAGCUGGUAAUCUUCACUAACCAAAUGGGCAUCGGGAGAGGCAAGCUGUCAGCAGACGUUUUCAAGGCCAAGGUGGAAGCUAUAUUGGAGAAGCUAGGGGUCCCAUUUCAGGUGCUGGUGGCAACACAUGCAGGUCUAAACCGAAAGCCAGUGAGUGGCAUGUGGGACCAUCUGCAGGAGCAGGCCAACGAGGGCAUCCCCAUCUCCAUCGAGGACAGUGUCUUCGUGGGAGAUGCAGCAGGGCGCCCAGCCAACUGGGCCCCAGGAAGGAAGAAAAAAGAUUUCUCCUGUGCAGACCGCCUGUUCGCCCUCAAUGUCGGCCUGCCCUUUGCCACUCCCGAAGAGUUUUUCCUUCAGUGGCCAGCGGCCCGCUUUGAGCUUCCAGCUUUCGACCCGAGGACCAUCUCCAGUGCUGGGCCCCUCUACCUCCCAGAGUCCAGCUUCCUCCUGAGCCCCAACCCAGAGGUGGUGAUCGCAGUAGGAUUCCCUGGGGCCGGCAAGUCCACUUUCAUCCAGGAGCACCUGGUGUCAGCUGGAUAUGUCCAUGUGAACAGAGACACGCUGGGCUCGUGGCAGCGCUGUGUGAGCUCAUGCCAGGCGGCACUGAGGCAAGGGAAGCGAGUCGUGAUUGAUAACACCAACCUAGAUGUCCCAAGUCGGGCCAGAUAUAUCCAGUGUGCCAAAGAUGCAGGUGUGCCCUGCCGCUGCUUCUACUUCUGUGCCACAAUAGAGCAGGCACGCCACAACAACAGGUUCCGUGAGAUGACCGACCCUUCGCAUGCGCCGGUGUCAGACAUGGUCAUGUUUAGCUACAGGAAGCAAUUUGAGCCACCCACGCUGGCUGAAGGCUUCCAGGAGAUCCUCCAGAUUCCCUUCCGGUUACGGGAGCAUCUGGACCCUGCACUGCAGCGACUAUACUGCCAGUUUUCAGAGGGCUGAGUCCUCAAUAAACACUGCUGCUAUUCUGCUCACAGA